UCGUCGUCUCUCCUGUUACUCGUGAUUUUAAUUUCAUAAUGCUGUGCCAUUUAAGUUUUUUUUAAAAAAAGAGCCUAUAAUACGUUCUUCGCCAACUUAACGAUCUGGAACACUUGGCACCAUUUUAUUGUCGCGAUCCUCAAAUGAUCCCUGGAGCUUUUGUAACAAAGUGGGCGUGGUAUAUCCAGGACAAGUUGGGGCAAAACACUGUGCCGGAAGAGACUCGUCUAAUACACAGGACGAUAAGAACAUAUGCAGUGCUCGGAUGUACUGCUGAAGGGCGGAAUAACAUGCUCGUAAACCAACACGAUAGUAAACUAUAACUGACAUAAUUGUUAGCACAGGAUUUAACAAUGAAUACAUCGGCAACUGAACCACCGAACGGCUGGGACGAUAUUGGAGGCGCAGAAUUGGUAAACAUGCGAUCGGAGCACCUCGGCUCAGCGAGCCCUCAGCGUCUUCCGGAUUCUGGAUCCAGCGUCACGGAGAAGCUCUCCACCUCCGGGAAACGUGCGCGUGUGAGGCUGGCUGCGGUGUGGGGGACGAAACAGAAUCAUGCCAGUUACCCUCAGAAGCGGAGUAAACCGGGUCUGGGCCAUAACCCGAUGGAGAGGUUCAGGCGCAAUCACCUGGCUGUCACGCAAGUGUGCCGCCAGACCUGGUGCGAGCUGCAGGUGGCCUACGAGUAUGAGAUCCCCCACGUGCUGACGUCACCAGAGAAGCGAGCUAAGAUGGAGGCUGGGGUCGAUAUUCACCUGAACAGAGAGCUGGAGCUGCAGGAGGUGGUGUCCGUUCCGGUGCGGUCCAGGGAGGACCAGCACGCCGUCUCCUUCCUCAACCUCCUGAGCAUGAUCCCCGACCUGCAGGCAGGGCUUCUGGUGCGAGAGCUGCCCGUUUUCGGCCUGCUGGAGGGCGUGUUCCUGACGGGCGUGGUCGACGAGCUGCGCUACGACGAGAAAGGGGAGCUGGUGCUCACAGACCUGAAAACGCGCGCCGCCAACUCCCUUCCUGACCCUGCACAGGCCAAAGGUUCCAGCUUACAGGUGCGUCUGUACAAGCUCCUGUUUGAUUCACUGGUCCGGGGGGACCUGAAGCGAGACCAUGUGAUCACUCACCUCAGACUGCUUCCGGAGAGGGCACUGGGGAAAGGGGUGCUGGAGCAGGCCGAGAGGCUGGAUCUCCAGGUGUCCACGUUCGGGGACCUGCUGGACCUGCUCCUGCUGAACCUCAGCUACUGCGAGCUGCCCCCCGUCGACCGGCUGAGGCUGGAGUACUGCCACCAGGGGUCGGGCGCGGCCAUCGGCACCCAGGACGUCCCAUUCGCCGAGCCCCAGACGAGGGAGGAGCUUCGCCAUUACCUGUCGUACUGGACCGGGCGUCGGGAGCCCAGGGGCGUGGACAUCGAGGAGGCGUGGAAGUGCUGCGCCUGCCAGUACAAGCAGCACUGCGAGUGGAAGCUGGGGGAGGCGGAGUACCUGGAGGCCACGGCCCCCAAGAAGACUGCAACUGACCACACCCCCCAGCAAGACGCAGGCCACGCCCAGCCGGGUGCGCUGACCACACCCACCAAGGAGACGCAGGCCACGCCCAGCCGGGCGCGCUGACCACACCCACCAACGAGACGCAGGCCACGCCCAGCCGGAAGCACUGACCACACCCCCCAGCAAGCCACAGGACUCACACUCAACCACAACAAACACGUAGUGAGCACUACAUAGUGAACACUAAACGCCG